AUGUCUAAAGGGCUAAUGCAAAGCGAUUUGAUUUCAAUCCCUGCAACAGAUGAAGAUGAAGGCAGCAGUAGCACAGAGUUCUCAAAGAAGACCCAUCAAUUCUACUUCGUCAAAUUCUGGCCAUACAAAGACCCAGAAAAGGACUCAAAACUCCAGUGGGCUGAUCAACAGUGUCAACAAUUGGACCGAGAGAAGGAGCGUGUCGUCGAUUACAAAAUCAUGGAAAUCAUGUCACGUCGAGACAAAAUCUGUUCAGAGCUAGAUAGGAAAAAAUGGCGCCAUGCUCUACUUGAAACCGGCGUUGAAUGGACGACGAUGGUGGUUGGUUUUCUGAGAGCCGCCAUAGAUAAGCUCGAUGUCAAUGGCUCUUCCUCUUCAACCCACCAACCAAGAUUCUUAAUGUCAAGCUUGCGCAAUGAGAUUCCCCGUGCUUUCUUCUGGUAUUCUCAGAGCAACAAUAGGGAAAAGUUCGAGCAGAUACUGAAACAAGUGGAACAGAUGGAAGACAGACUUGACGAAGCCAAGGCUGCUGCUGCUACAAAAGGGAACAUCUGGGACCCUUUAAGUUCCGUAAAGGCCAUGGAGGAGCAAAUUGAAGUUUUAAAUAAGAUACCAGAUGAACUGAGACCCGAACGUCAUGAAGUGAUGGCUGAAAUCAAGUGCUUAGAGGACGGACUUGAAGCUCUGAAGAAAGAAGAUGAUGAAUUAUCCAAAAAUUUCCAGGCUCUGAUCGAUAGAAAGUCUGACUUACUUGACUUCGUUGUUAGUGCCCGGAGGGAAGAAGAUGAAGCGAAUGGCUCGUACAACGAAUAUGUUUCAUUGAUGCGCAACGCCAAUGAACUAGCAAGAAGAAAAGAUGUGAAAGCCCUUGAACAACUCUCUAGCAGACAGGUUGAUAAGUUCAUGCGGCGGUGGAACGAUAGCCAGAGUUUCAGAACGACGUAUGAAAAAGCUCUGUUAUGGUCGCUUCAUUACAGGGAAUUGAGUAAGGAUGGGCUGAUUAGAAACGAGGACGAAGAACCAAUUGUUGAAAAUGGAGAGAUUCAUAAACAAUUUCUUCAUUUAGUAUCCAUUUUCUUAACUUUGUUUAUGGUUUUGGAUGAACGAAACAAAAUGCUACGCUAGCUUUGACCGACGCUCUGUGUUUUCAUUUACAUGCUUUUAGUCCUUUGUUUGUGUAUUCAAUUGUUUUUUCAUGUACAAUG